AUGACUCAAGUUCCUUAUUCUAUUGCAAUAUGGAGUUUGAUGUAUGCUAUGGUUUGUACAAGACCAGAUCUGGCACAGGCAGUGAGUGUUGUGAGCAGAUUUAUGGUACAACCAGGGAAGGAGCAUUGGCAAGUUGUGAAGAGGAUAUUGAGGUAUCUACGGAGAACUUUUGAUGUUGGUCUCAUAUAUGGAGGUGAUACACAAUGUCUGAUUACGGGGUAUUCAGAUUCUGAUUAUGCUGGAGACAUUGAUAGUAGGAGAUCUAUGACUGAUUAUGUAUUUACUCUUGGGGGCUCAGUUGUUAGUUGGAAAGCGACUCUACAACCUACUGUGACUUUGUCUACAACAGAAGAAGAGUACAUGGAAUUAACAGAAGCUGCUAAAGAGGAAAUAUGGAUGAAAGGAAUAAUUAGUGAUCUGGGCCUACAUCAGGAUCAAACAACUGUCUUCUGUUAUUGUCUGAGUGCUAUAUGCUUAGCCAAAGAUCAAGUUCAUCAUGAACGGACUUAG